AUGUCAUGUUGUGGAAAGGAUACAACUAAAGAACGAGGACAAGCAAUUUUAGAUAUUGUUGAUGCUGAUACUAUCUCAAGUAAUACUUUUAAUGAACCAUCUCUUGAUUAUAUUUUUAAAUACAUUAUUAUUGGAGAAUUUUCUGUAGGAAAGACUUGUCUUCUGAUGAGAUUCCAAGACGGAACUUUCAGAGAAGAGUAUGAAUCAACUAUUGGGGUUGAAUUUGGAACAAAAAAUGUUCAGAUUCAAGAUACACUAAUAAAACUCCGUAUUUGGGACACUGCUGGUUCAGAAAAAUUUAGGUGCAUUACUAGGGGAUAUUUCCGAGGAUCUAUUGGGGCUAUUAUUGUUUAUGACAUUUCAAAUAGAAGCACUUUUGAACAUAUUGAUGAAUGGGUACAAGAACUAGAAAAGUAUAACUCAAGUAAUUAUGUUCUUAUGAUCAUUGGUAAUAAGUGUGAUUCUUCUCAACGUACAGUUACUACUGAUGAAGGUAAGGACAAGGCCAAAAAACUAAACGCUGAAUUUUUUGAAUGUUCUGCUAAAACAGGAGAAAAUAUUGAAAAAGCUUUUAUGACAUUGACGGAACUAGUAUUGAGAGAUGUUAGUUCAGGAAAGAUUUCAUUAGAAAAUAAUUAA